CGUCAGUUGAAUAUUGUAAUUAAGUUAACAUUAUGCAGAAAGCCGCUUUUGUGUGUUAAGAAGUGAAUUUGUGACCGUACCGAGAACAUUUCAACUCGCGUUCAAAAAUGUCUUUGCCCAGCAACUACAAGCAGGUUGCGUCGAACUCGUCGGGUCCUGGACAGAGUGGCCAUUUUCACAUGAAACAUGGUGUCGCUGUUACUUUCAACAUUUUGAAAGAACGUUUGCGAGCAUCUGGUUCAUCGGCAGCUAGCGAACGUAACAAGGAAAUGGGUAAUCCGUUCGUGCACACCGUUCAUGGAAAUCCUGCCUUUACGCCCGGCAAAUCUGGAAAAUCUACGGCGGAAUCCCGAGCACCGAAACCUCCUAAAGCUCCCGAAAAACCGUUGAUGCCGUACAUGAGAUAUUCUCGUAAGGUGUGGGACAGUGUCAAGGCCGCACAUCCGGAACGAAAGCUUUGGGAAAUUGGUAAAGUUAUUGGUCAAAUGUGGCGAGACCUGCCCGAACCGCAGAAACAAGAGUUCAUCGAAGAGUAUACGAUUGAGAAGGCAGAGUACGAAAAAAGUCUUAAGACUUACCACAGUUCUCCUGCAUAUCUAUCCUUCUUGGCUGCCAAGAACAAGGCCAAAGCAGCUAUUGCAGACGCUGACUCUCAUGAGACUCCAUCCCGACCGGCAAAAGGUUCUCAAGCUGAUCGUCGCAUUGACAUUCAACCAGCCGAAGAUGAAGAAGACCAAGACGACGGAUACUCCGUUAAGCACGUAGCGUAUGCUCGCUUUCUACGCAAUCAUCGGUUGAUCAACGAAAUAUUUUCGGACAUGGCAGUUCCGGAUGUUCGUACCGUUGUAACAACAAGCCGUAUGCAAGUCUUGAAGCGUCAAGUUCAAUCGUUGACUAUGCAUCAAAUGAAAUUGGAGGCAGAACUGUUGCAAAUGGAGGAGAAAUUUGAGUCGAAGAAGCGCCGACUCGCCGAGUCAAGUGACGUGUUCCAGGAAGAAUUGAAAAAGCAUUGCAAGCCAGCUGUUGAUGAAGAGACCUUCCAGAAAAUGGUGGAGCGUCAGUAUGAAGCAAUGAAACGCGAACGUAUGCGUCAAUUGGACGAACCUAACCAAUUGAAACCGAACAUUCGUCCGGAUGAUGACAUUUCAGCUGUACCGCAACCGACAAACACGGCUAACUCGGCAACGGAAGCUCAACCAUCCGAACAGGAGAUGACUGUCCUCCAUCACUUCAUCCAGCCAAUGGAAACGGAUCCGACACAACCCGAGCCCGAAGUUGCGCGGCCAGUUGAAUCGUCCAAGGAAUCUCACAACAUAACAGCCAAUUCACCAUCGGAAAGCGAUUCCAAUUCGAAUCCAACAACGCUAACCACUAAGCCUACCGAAUCCGAACAUCCUGAGGCCGCUGCCGAACAUCCUGCUCAACCAUUGAGUCCAACUGCUGCCAAAAUUCCAACCGUUGAACCGAAAGACGAAACUCCAGCUCCAAUAGUUCCAGCGCCGACAACGUAUGCCCAACCAGCACCAUCACCAAUUCAUUCAUCUGUUCCGACGCCGACCAACAUUCCACAGCCAACAACAACAGCUGUGAUCUCAUCACCAUCGCAACCGCCACUGGCCCAAUCGGCAUACAGCGAACCAAUUGCUCCUGUACCGAAUGCAACACCACCGCAUCAUCCGAUUCCACAAACCACUCAUCAUAAUAUGCCGCCGCACAUCGUUCCACAUCAAGGUAUGGCAGGCUUGCCACCACAUCCAUAUGGAGCUUUUCCCGGCGCUGGUCCUGGACAGCAAAGAUCGCCGUAUUAUCCACCGCAAUAUGCCGGCCAUCCAUCGCAACCUUACCAUCAAUAUCCACCGUAUCCAUACCAUCACGGCGGUCAAUAUCCACCACAACCAUCGCAUUACGUUGGAGCUAAUAAUGCACCUUCACCAUAUGGUCCUCCACCGCCUGGACCAAUUCCAAGUGGCCCAGCCAUUCAUCCGAACGAAGGAGGAGACGAAAGCAAACGUAAAUCUUCUAUAAAAAAGCCGAAGGACAGCACGAAGAACCGGAAAAAAAAGAUGGAGCCGAAUAGUGAUGGCGGAGAUAACAGUCAUCAGCAGAAAAGUCUAUCAAAGAAUUAAAGUGGAAAAAAAUCUUUUUUUUUGUAGAAAUUGUAAGACGAAAUAAAUUUCAAUUUUC